AAGCUAAAAGUGUUGGCACUGCACUCCGUGUGCGCUCUCUGUGCUCGUUGUGCAUCAGCAUUCACUCACCUGUAUGUGGGCUUGUAUGUAUUUUUGUGAACUGUGUGCAGUUGCAGUGUUUGUGGCCGGUGUGUGCGCUGCAGAAAGAGGACACAUCAUGAGUUGUGUGUUUAGCAUAUCAAUGGCCUUCAGGGCCCCGACGACUGUUGCAGAAACACUCUGAGCUUUCUGGUAGCUGUGUGUUCGCUUCAUCUCCACAUAUUUAAGGGGCUUUCUUGUGGCCUCGCAGAGCUGACAUGAACAUCUUUACUAAGGUUCCAGGAUUAACCCAACAAACCAGCAAGCUGGGGUCUGUGCUCCAACGUGCCUUCUACGGGUCCAGUGGGAGGGUGACCCUUUUCGAGCAGCGGAACUUCGCUGGCAGACGGCUGGACCUGAACUCUGACUGCUCACGGAUCAGUGACAAGAACUUCCCAGAGAGAUGCAACUCUGUGCAGGUGGAGAGCGGAGCAUGGGUCGGUUUCGAGCAUGAGAACUUCCGGGGCCGUCAGUACCUGUGGGACAUGUCCGAGAGGGGGGAGUACAACUGCUACGACAAGUGGUGCGCCCAGGUGGACCACGUCUCCUCUGUCCGCUCUGUCAAACAGGACAACAGCCCUGCCAGAGCUCAGCUGUUUGAGCGAACUGGUCUGUCUGGGAAGAAGAUGGAGAUCCAGGACGACAUUCCCAACCUGAUGAACCGCUACAGCCUCAACAGAGUUGCCUCCAUCCGCGUGCUCGGAGGAGCGUGGGUGGUGUAUCAGGAGCCCAACUACAGAGGACCUCAUUACAUCCUGGAGAAACGGGACUACAACAACUUCUCCGACUGGGGCAGCCAGAACAGCACCGUGGGCUCCAUACGCAGAGUCCGCUUCAACUAAACGCCCUCUUUCAUCCGCCACCGGCUGUCAGCGCCAACACACCCCUCAGCAUAACACCAGCUCAUGGAACCGGUCAGCUUUACUAAGAAUAA